AUUUGUCACUGUCACGUUUUUUUGAGUGUUUUUGUUUAGUUUGAUUUGAAGAGUACAAUAAGUUGAUAAUUUAAUCACUUCGAACUGUUCAAUAUGAUAUAAAAUCGUAAAAUACCAAAGUAGUUUUUGUAGGUUUAUGUCUGUUGUAUUAUAAAUGUAUUUUAAUCGCUACAAUGAUGUAAGACAUACCUUCCCGCAGAUUGAUAAGAAUUAAUCGUACUGAUCCGAAAUCAAAAUGGAACGAAUUUGGAAAGUGUUGACGAGGAAAAAGGUAAUUGAUCCUGUUGGUGCGGAAGACACCCAACUCGCCAGAAGAUUGAACACCUUCGAUUUGACUGCGCUGGGCGUAGGCAGCACGUUAGGAGUGGGCGUAUAUGUUCUAGCAGGGCAAGUUGCUACCAUAGCUGGGCCCUCUGUGGUGCUCUCUUUUCUCAUAGCCGCCGUAGCAUCUGUUUUUGCAGGCCUGUGCUAUGCAGAAUUUGGGGCACGAGCGCCCAGGGCCGGAUCCGCUUACAUUUACAGCUAUGUAUGCGUUGGGGAAUUUAUAGCAUUUAUAAUAGGAUGGAAUCUCAUCCUAGAAUAUAUCAUUGGAUCUGCCAGCGUGGCGAAAGGAUUAAGUUUAUAUUUAGACAAUCUACUGAACAACACGUUACAGGACACAUUCAGGCAAAUCGCGCCUAUAAAUGUACCGUACAUGGCUGAAUAUUUCGAUUUCUUCUCCUGCGGCAUCUCCAUCGUCCUAGCGAUCGCAUUGGCGUUCGGCUUGAAGGAGAGCAGUCUGGCGAAUAACAUAUUUACUACCCUAAACAUCGGUGUAGUAUUAUUCGUUAUAAUCGCGGGAUCUAUUAAGGCCGAUCCGGCUAAUUGGAACUACAAACCUGACGGUACGAAAAACGAAACCGUCGUGGGCAAGGGUGGUUUCUUUCCCUUCGGCAUCGAAGGGACCAUUAAGGGUGCCGCGACAUGUUUCUACGGCUUCGUGGGAUUCGAUUGCAUCGCCACCACCGCCGAAGAAGUGUUGAAUCCCAAAAAGGCUAUACCCAUUUCAAUAGUAUUAUCCUUGUUGAUUAUAUUCCUGGCGUAUUUCGGUAUAUCCACUGUGGUCACAUUGAUGGUGCCCUAUUUCCUUCAGGAUUUUAAUGCUCCGAUUCCCUAUGCUUUCGAACACAUAGGAUGGAACUGGGCGAAAUGGAUCGUAUCAAUCGGAGGAAUUUUCGGAUUGUUCGCAAGUUUAUUCGGAGCUAUGUUUCCGUUGCCUAGAAUAAUCUACGCAAUGGCUACCGACGGUUUGGUGUUUAAGUUCCUGGGACGAAUCAGCAGCAGGUUUCACACGCCUGUGAUUGGUACUUUAUUAGCAGGAACAUUAACAGGUCUGAUGGCCGCCCUUUUCGAAUUGACACAACUGGUGAAAAUGAUGUCGAUCGGUACUCUGAUGGCUUACACUAUAGUAGCUGCUAGCGUAUUAUUAUUAAGAUAUUCUAUGGAUGAGGAGACAAUUGUGUAUAUUCCUGUUCGGAAUCUAUCUGAUUCUGAAGACAGUGAUUCAUACACGGACGAUAUAGCAAGUUUCACGGCGGUGAACAAUACGGAUAAUCCGAAUGAAGAAAACGAAUUGCUCAGUUAUGAGCAAUCCGGCAACAGGAGCAUUAUGGGACAAAUUUUCAAUUGCGGUAGACAUUCCGAACCGACUAAAAGGUCGCAAUCUAUAGUGACUGUGGAAGUUUUUUUGUAUUGUUUUACGUGCGUUCUAAUAGGACUUUCCGCCAUCUUCUUGAAACAUCCCAUAGCCAAUGGAGAAACUUGGGCGAUCGUGCUAGCGUCGUUUUUCAUUUUCACCGCCGCCGUACUAUUGAUGUCUAUAGCGACGCAACCGGUGUCCAGAAGAGAAUUGCAUUUUAAAGUGCCAAUGGUGCCUCUGAUACCCGCGCUCAGCAUUUUAGCGAACAUUUACCUAAUGCUAAUGCUCGACUUCCACACGUGGGUACGUUUCGCAGUUUGGAUGAUCGUAGGCCUCCCCAUUUAUUAUUUCUCUCUAAAACCUAUCGAGGAGGCGCGAGCUCGGCUCGUAGAUAAACCCGACGGGAAUAGCGCGAACGGCGCGAUCCCGAACGAAUAUUACGAUAACGACGGUUUCGUGGAUGAUCCGGAGACGCUUCCGAAGAAGAAGAAGCGGGCCCCGCAACCGCCGCCGAUCGACGAUAAGCCCGAGGUCAUCGAAAUCGAGCAGGAAUUGCAAAAAUUCGACGAAAUGCUGGAGGAAGUCGAAAGGGACGAUCGUAAAUCGUCCAUUGGUAGCGUGUCCGUUUGUGAUGUACCGUGUAAAGAAAACGUUGUCGCCGAUGUGCAUUGUGAUAAUGUCGUUACGCCCGCUAUUCCCGCUUCUCCUGCGCCCCUUUUCGCUUGCCAAGUCGAUCAAAUUGAGCCGAAUGAUAUCCAAAAUGAAGGAGAUCAUUUAGAUGCUGAUAACAUCACCCAACAGGAGGAAGAUAUCGUAAUACUUACUCCAGAGCAUAAACCGAUAAAUCCUUUCAGUUCGUUAAGAAGACCGUUAUCUUUUACUUCAAUUUCCGAUCCUGAUCAUAAAAUAAUAGAAGCAAUCUCUAACGGAAUAAUGCCGACACCUACGCCUCCACCUUCUCCGGAUCUUACUCGCGAGGAAACCUCCAUUCCGGUACCACCUCCAUUACCGCCUCCUUCAGAGGUAAUCGCUCCUACUAAAAUCAAAAAGAAUACUCGAGAAACCCUCCCUAGGGUCACCUCGAAUAAAAUUAAAGAAGUCACUUUGAGACCGACGCGCCAGCAGCCCAAGCAAGAAGAGGUUGGAUUCGAGCCCGGAAACGACAACAUCAAAAUCAGUUCGUUGAGCAGCAAAAGCUUCUUGAAGAACCUCAACAGCAAACUGACCAGGCUGAACCUGCAGCCCAAUUACAUAGCGCCUGUAAUACAGCUGGAAAGAGGAAGCGCUCCUUCGACGCUCAAAUACGAGAAGAACGAAAACGUAAUCGAAGACAGCAUCAACAAGGACGAUGCUAAGGAGAAAUUGGAGUUGUUCGUGGAUUCGAGAUUGAGCCUUGCGGAGCCUGCCAAGAAAGCGCCAUCGGAAAACUCGAGGAUCGCUUACCCGGAUCCACUGGAAACUAAUGGAACUAGCGAUGGAAAUUUGGAAAACGGGGUAGAUCGUUUAGGGAAUAACGAAGGGGAAGAUUAUCUGGCGCAUCAGAUUCGAAUGAAGAACGUAUUCAGGAGCAUGAAGAGCGUGGAUCAAUCGAAGGAAAAGCCGAAGGAGUCGAGGAUCGUUAAAUCUUUGCAUCUCGCACGCGACGAUGACGCCUUGAAUCAUCGACAGGCUAUGAGUGAAAUUUUUAAAUCUAUUGAGAUAAGGAGGAAAGAUAGCGCGCAGCAGAGCUCUUAAUUACAUGCCAAAUUUUUCGAAUUUUAUUGGGUUGCUCAAUUAUUUCAACGUUUUUUUUCCCUUUAUGUUGGCUUGAUUUAAUGUUGGUGCGUUUCUCAGUGUAGAUUUUUUGAUGCAAAUAUUCGUUUUUUAUUAUGAUUAAUUGAAGGGCUCUAGUAAUUUUGAAUGCAAUUUUGAAAUUUACUUCUAUCAAAGACAAUAUUCGUACCAAAAGUGUAUGUAUACCACAGAGAAAUUAAGAGGUAAUAUUUAAUACAGGGCGUUAAUUAAUUGAGUGCCGAUACUUCAGGUUAUGAAUAUUUGGAUGAUUUUAAGAAGAAAAGUUUAUAUCAAUAUAUGUCCUAAUCUCUUGGUUUUCGAACUACAGGGUGAUACAUUUUUAGACAAACUAGAAAAUAUUUUCUUACUGUAACACCCUGUAGAUCGAAAACUAAGAGGUUUAUGACUUAAAUUGAUAUAAACUUUUCUUCUUAAAUUCAAUCAAAUAUUCAUAUCCUGAAGUAUCAGCAUUCAAUUAAUUAAUACCCUGUAUAAACCGAGCAAAAUUGUAGCAAUUCUGAGUUGAACAAAGAAAGAAUAAAUUAACAGUUGUUAAAGUGAGACAGUUGCCAUCGCCUCAAUAUCACUCUUACUUUUUCCAUUAAGAGUAAUGGAAAUUGUCUUUGUUUCUUCUAUUGCAAACAAUUUUGCAUCUACCUGUAUAGUAUAAAAAUAGUAAUAGUCCUUCAAUUGAUCAAACAAUCCGUGCAUAUUUUAAAUCGAACAGUUUGUCUAGUCCAAUUCAUUUCUUGUUUACUUUAUACUCAUUUGCGACAUUAACAUUUUGAUAUUACUGUUUUGUGUUUUCGUCACUUUUUUUUGCAGGUUUUUCAAUGUAUGGUCUUUACGGUCUACCAAAUAGUAUCAAAAAUUAUACCAGAGAUUACGAAAGAUUAGAUUAAAUUUUUAAAACUUUAUAACGUAUAUAAACGUAGAUGUACCUAUUUAUUUUCUAUAACAAACAACAUAUUAUAUACUAUUUUAUAGAAUAAACUCUCUUUCAUUUACCUUUUCCUCGUGAAGUAUUAACACAAACGACAACAGUUCACCACGUUUUAUUUUCGAAUUAAAAAUAAAAUGUGUACAAACGCAUUUAUAAAAUUGAAAACUAAAGUCUAGAACCGCAAUUUCUGGAAGAACCACUUGUUCUUGCCCUGCUUGUACCUUUCUUCGAAUUUCACACGGGUCUGGAAACGAGCCUUCUUCCUCUUCAUCGGAUCUUUCAGGUCCUUAGCUGUUACUUUUAAGUCAGAGGCUAAAUCUACUGAGUACCUGGUAGGCAUCAAGUGGUUGUAGUUUAAAAUCUGCAACA